AGGCGCUGCGCUGCUGGGGGGCGCGGGCGAGGAUGGCGGCGGAGAACGAGGCCGGUCAGGAGAGCGCCCUGGGCGCCUACUCGCCGGUGGACUACAUGAGCAUCACCAGCUUCCCGAGGCUGCCGGAGGACGAGCCGACGCCCGCGGUCCCUCUGAGGGGCCGCAAGGACGAGGACGCCUUCCUGGGAGACCCCGAUACUGACCCGGACUCCUUCCUCAAGUCAGCCCGGCUGCAGCGGCUGCCAUCGUCGUCGUCGGAGAUGGGCAGCCAGGAUGGGUCGCCUCUGCGGGAGACGCGCAAAGACCCGUUCUCCGCCGCAGCGUCCGAGUGCUCCUGCCGCCAGGAUGGGCUCACGGUCAUCGUCACGGCCUGCCUCACCUUUGCCACGGGUGUCACUGUGGCGCUCAUCAUGCAGAUCUACUUCGGGGACCCCCAGAUUUUUCACCAGGGCGCUGUUGUGACUGAUGCUGCCCGUUGCACAUCGUUGGGCAUCGAGGUGCUUGGUAAACAGGGAUCUUCCGUGGAUGCGGCUGUAGCAGCAGCCCUGUGUUUGGGGAUCGUGGCUCCACACAGUUCUGGCCUGGGCGGUGGGGGUGUAAUGCUGGUACAUGACAUCCGACGAAAUGAGAGCCACCUGAUUGAUUUCCGGGAGUCUGCACCAGGGGCCCUCAGGGAAGAGGCCCUACAGAGAUCCUGGGAGACCAAGGUGGGGACCCUACCUGGGCUCUUGGUGGGGGUCCCCGGAAUGGUGAAGGGGCUACAUGAAGCUCAUCAGCUCUAUGGCAGGCUGCCAUGGUCCCAAGUCCUGGCCUUCGCAGCAGCUGUGGCCCAAGAUGGCUUCAACGUGACCCAUGAUCUAGCCCAAGCCCUGGCCGAACAGCCGCCACCCAAUGCGUCCGAGCGCUUCCGUGAGACAUUCCUGCCUUCAGGCCACCCACCACUCCCUGGCUCACUGCUGCGACGGCCUGACCUGGCCGCAGUGCUGGAUGUGCUGGGCACCUCUGGCCCCGCUGCCUUCUAUGCCGGUGGCAACCUCACACUGGAGAUGGUGGCCGAGGCUCAGCAUGCAGGGGGUGUCAUAACUGAGGAGGACUUCAGCAACUACAGUGCUCUCGUGGAGAACCCCGUGUCUGGCGUGUACAGAGGCCACCUGGUUCUCAGUCCCCGACCCCCACACACAGGCCCUGCCCUCAUCAGUGCUCUCAACAUCCUCGAGGGCUUCAAUCUCACCAGCCUGGUAUCCCGGGAACAGACUCUUCACUGGGUGGCAGAGACCCUGAAGAUCGCAUUAGCUCUGGCCAGCAGACUGGGAGAUCCUGCCUACGAUUCUACCAUCACUGAGAGCACAGAUGACAUGCUCAGCAAGGUGGAGGCUGCCUACUUCCGGGGCCAAAUCAAUGACUCCCAGACAGCCCCCGUUCCGCUCCUGCCCAUCUAUGAGCUAAAUGGGAAUCCUACAGCUGCCCAGGUGCUGAUCAUGGGCCCUGAUGACUUCAUUGUGGCCAUGGUCAGCUCCCUGAACCGGCCCUUUGGCAGCGGCCUCAUCACCCCCUCUGGGAUCCUGCUCAACAGCCAGAUGCUGGACUUUUCUUGGCCCAACAGGACUGCUAACCACCCUGCGCCCAGCCUGGAGAACUCAGUGCAGCCAGGGAAGAGGCCACUGUCUUUCCUGCUGCCCACUGUGGUCCGGCCGGCGGAAGGGCUCUGUGGGACCUACCUUGCCCUAGGGGCCAAUGGAGCUGCCCGGGGCCUCAGUGGCCUGACCCAGGUUCUGCUGAAUGUCCUGACCUUGAACCGGAACCUGAGUGACAGCCUGGCCCGUGGCCGCCUGCACCCGGACCUGCAGUCCAACCUCCUGCAGGUGGACAGUGAGUUCACAGAGGAAGAGAUUGAGUUCCUGGAAGCCAGGGGUCACCACGUGGAGAAGGUAGAUGUCUUAUCCUGGGUCCAUGGCAGCCGGAGAACCAAUAACUUCAUCAUCGGUGUGAAGGACCCUCGGAGCCCAGAUGCAGCCGGAGCUACCAUCCUGUAGAGCUGCAGGGUGGGGUGGGAGUCUCUGCUCCCCACCUUUGCAUGUUCCUAGAGUCCCUCCUUCUCCCAGAUUUGGUCUCAGAGGGACCCUGGGGAUGCCCCAGAUCAGCGGCCAGAGGGGAUGCUUAGCAAACCCUAUCCCAGAGUAAUAGGAAAUUCUCUAUCUUGAGGCCUGUGGUGGUGGUAGUAAGAGUCACUGUCCACAACCAGGCAGGCAGGACCUUGAGGAGUCAGACUACCUGUCUGUCUGUCUCCUUUCCCUCAGCCAUGCUGGCCCUGAGCUUAGGGAUGUGCUUGCAAAUCCUUCUCAAGGGUCCUCAUCACCUCAACAUCUCCAGGUGGACCUGACCUGGGCCUUGUCUUCCAGCUCUCUUCUCCUGUCCCCAGCCUCAUUUCUUAAAUGACUAGGAUUUUUUUUUAAUGGACCAUCCUAGGGAGGGGGUUCUCCUCCCCUCCCACCACCAGGUUGAGGUGGGGGCCUUAUAUCUGGGGGGCCCCAGGGUAUGGGGUAAUGGUUGGGGGUGGUGGGGACCAGCUCAGGGGCUUCCAUCUGCAAAGGGGAAUUAAAGAAAGAAUAUUGCUUAACCAUGGCUCUGACUUAAUUUAUAUUUGACUGUAUUAGGUGUGGGAGUGAGAGAGGAGAACUUGGCUUACUCUGUCCCAAGCUGGAGUCAACUUUGUGGGGGGUCAUAACAAUAUCUACCAUCUAUGUGAGACUUACACUAACAAAAAUAAUUAAUAACAAUAAUUAUAAUUAUAGAUAGACUCUAUUGAACACUUAAUGUGUGUCAGGCUCUAUGUUAAAUGCUUUAUGUGGAUAAUCUCAAUUACAUUAUAAAAUCUUCAUUACAAACCUCAUGAGGUAGUACUAAUAUUAUUCCCAUUGUACAGAUGGGAAACUAGCAAAAAGAGGUUAAAGGACUUGUCUAAUGUUCCUCUUGUAGUAAAUGAAAGAACUGGGAUUCAAUCUCAGGUUGUUCAACUCCUAAUGUGUGCUCUUAACCAUCUGCACAACUAUUAGGUAAACUGUUAUAAAGUAUAUUUUAUACAGUAUAUAUCAGACAAAAAGUACAUUUUAUAGAUUAUGUCAUUCAUGCAUGCAUGUAUCUAUUCGUUAUAUUAUAGACACUUUGUUAGGCACUGGAGAUUCAGAAUUGAACAAGACAAUUUUUAUGAAUUUGCAGUCUGCAGGGGGAGUCAAAUAUUAAAGCAGUAAGGACACAGAUAAUUAGAGUAAUUGCCAACAGGAUAAGCUCUUGGAGGAAUGCGGCAAGAAUGUAUAACAGGAAAGUUAAUCUAGUUCAGUAGUGGGGUGGAAUCAGCGAAGGCUUCCCCAAGGAAAUGAUGAGCAUGAGUAGGAUUGACAGGAAAGGAUUCGGUGUGGGAAGCAGGAAUGUCAUUUUAGGCAAAGGGAACAGUAUGUACAAAGGGCUCAUGAGGAGGUAGAAGAAUGCCAGUGUAUUCUUCCAGUCAACAAACUUUUUCUGCAAAGGGCCAGAAAUGAAUAUUUCAAUCUUUUAAGCCGUAUGGUCCUAGUAGUAACAACUCAGUUUUGCUAUUGUAGAGCAAAAGCAGGCAUAGAUGAUAUGUAAAUGAAUGGGUGUGGCUGUAUUCCCAUAAAACUUUAUUUUACAAAAAACAGGGCCCAAUUUGGCCUAAGGGCUGUAGUUUGCUGACCCCUAUUCUAGAGCAUAUGGAGGAUAAGGAUAUGAGAUGACGCUGAUGAGGUAGGUACAACACUUUUCUGAGGCUGAUACUAAUUUCCCCAUUUUAUGGAUCUGGAAAAUGUAGUUCAGAGACAUGCAGUAACUUGCCCAAGGCCACCCAGCUGACAGUUGGCAGAUCUAUGAUAUAAAAGCAGUCUGUUUGACUCCAAAGAUCAUAUCCCUCUCUUCUUAAAAAAACCACAAACUUUAUUAUGUUAUCUGAUUUCAGAUGUAACAGUUAUUCAAAUAUCAAACAUUUCAUAAGUAUAUGGAUGAUCUAUUCCCUCAAAAUCUCAACUUUCCAAAAAUCUCAUAUCAAUAAUUUAGUACAUAUCCCUCUAACUACUUUUUUUCUGUAGAUAUGUUCUAUUUAAAAGUAAAAAUGGGAUUAUAUUAUUUACAGUGUCUAUGACUUCCUUUUUUUUAUUUACCAAUAUAGCAUGGGUAUUUUUCUAUGUCAAUAUCAAGAUAUAUGGAUUUACCUAAUUAUUUAUAAUUAUGCAUCAUAGUUUAUUAAAUAGUUUAACCAGUUUCCUAUUGAUGGCUGUGAUUGGGUGGUUUCCAGUGCAGCUUUGAACAUCCUUGCCCUGAUAGCUUCAGGGUGCUUAAAUCACACCUGUGGUCAUACCAAUUCUCCCAGGCUAUCUUUCAAGUGACAGUUACAGGACCUUCUAUACAGCAGGCUUUUGGGGGUUACAUAGGUGUCUUAGAGUCAUUUUGUUUCAUAAAUAUACAAAUAAUGACAGCUUUGAAUAAAAGAUUUGUUCAGGAGAAUACUUUCUUAUAUAUCAAAACAAAAUUCUGAUAUCUUGGAAAAUGUUUUAUCACCCAGUAUAUGAAAUGUUUUAUUUUAUUCCACAAAUAUUUCCUUUAGUGCCUACUCUGUGCCGUGCACUGCCUGAGGCACUGGGAACGCUGACAAACAAGACAGACAAGGUCCUUGCCUGUCUGGACUUUGUAUCUUUUAAUAAUUUUUACUUUAUUCAGAUUGUACUAUUUUGAUCUAUCAUAGAAAACAUAAAUUUACCUCAUAUUGAGAACCUAACUUUAGCUGACUAUGAAAUAAAGAGAUAAGAAGCUUGGAAAUUUAGGGAAUUUUUAUGAUACUCUCUCAGGCCUCACAUAACUCCAGGAUAUAACUAUUUGCUUCUUAAAUUGAGUAUUUUGGGUACUUCCUUCAUAUCUUGGUUAAGGUAUCAAGCUUCCUGAUUUCAAAACUUACUACAGGUACAUACAUCUAUCAAAAUUCAUCAAAUUGUACAUCUGAAAUAUGUGUAGUUUACUCUACAGGAAUCAUACCACAAUAAAGGUGUUUAGAAAAACUUACUACAAAGUUACAGUAAUUAAAACAGUGUGCUAGUGGCAUGAGAAUGAACAUAUUAAUGGAGUAGAAUUGGGAGUCCAGAAAUAAACCCAUAUAUCUAUGGUCAACUGAUUUUUCACAAGGGUGCCAAGAUGAUUCAACGGAAAAAGAAUAGUCUCUUCAGCAAACGAUGUUGGUACAACUAAAUAUUCACAUUGAAAAGAAUGAAGUUUGACCUUUAGCUCACACCACAUACAAAAAGUAACUCACAAUGGAUCAAAGACCUAAAUGUAACUGCUAAAAGUAUAAAACUCAUAGAAAGAAACAUCAAAGUAAAUCUUCAUGAUUUUGGAUUUGCCAAUGGUUUCUUAGAUAUGACACUAAAAGCACAAAAAACAAAGAAAUAAACCACAUCAAAAUUAAACAUUUUUGUGCAUCAAAGGGCAUUAUCAAGAGAGUGAGUCUUCCAAGGCAAUAGAAGAAAAAGCAAAAAUAAACAAAUGGGACCUAACCAAACUUAGAAGCUUUUGCACAGCAAAGGAAACCAUAAACAAAAUGAGAAGACAAUCUAUGAACUGGGAGAAAGAAUUUGCAAAUGAUGUGACUGACAAGGGCUUAACUUCCAAAAUAUACAAACAGUUCAUACAACUUAAUCACAAAAAAACCAAACAA